AUGGCAACAGACUUUCACUUUAUUUCCACAGGUGCUGCCCCAGAACAGCUCUGUACGUACGAUGACAUUAUUCAGUAUCUGAAUAUUUCCUCUGAAAAGCCACCCUCACUACAUACAAUACCCAGGAAAAAUUGGAAAGAGCCGUUGAAAGUGCGGAUACAAUUUCUUCUGGUGUCCAUCCUCUCAGUGUCUGAAAAGCUUCAAACUGUCACCGUCUAUUUCUUAGUGAUCAUGCGGUGGAAAAAUGUCUUCAUGACUUGGAAUCCUCAGGAUUUCUGUAACAUUUUCGAACUCGUUCAGCCAGUGGAUACAUUUUGGUCCCCAUAUAUCACAAUUCUUGAACAAGUGGAUGAAGAGAAAUUGCUCAGCAGGCCCUCUCUGUCCAUCACUCAAGACGGUUUCAUUACCACAGUCCGACGGCAACAUGUCACCGUAGCAUGCAACUUGGAGAUGCACAAGUUUCCAUUUGACACCCAGAUGUGCACGAUAAGCCUCUCCUCAAUUAUGUAUUCACCAACAGACCUUAUACUCCAGUCCAUGCAGACAACAGAUCAUGUGACUAAACUAAGCAAAGAGAUUCACCUGACCAAUGGAGAAUGGAACUUCACAAACAUAAACAUUACUAAAGAUGAAAAGUUUCCUGGGAUCAUCUAUGAGAUCUCCAUGAAGAGACGACCCAUUUUAUACGUUUUGAACCUUAUCUUCCCAACGUGUGCUCUCUACUUAUUGGAUAUGACUAUUUUGUUCAGCAGCAGCUCUUAUGAGGACAAGAUCAGUUUCCAGCUGUCACUCAUCAUUGGAGAGUCUGUGUUAGCUCUGAUUCUUAAGGACAUUAUUCCCACUUCUUCCGAUGACCCACCCAUAAUAGUGAGGUUUUUUGUAGGUGUCUUUGUCCUAAUGAUUAUGGGUAUAUUGGAGACCUACCUAUUAAUGCAGCUGAAGAAGAAACCCCUACACCCUUUACUCAAGGCUAUGAAACUGCUGAGAUGCCGCAAGCAAGCUAGAACUGCAUCCGGAAACCUCCUAAGCAAGCAGGGAGAUUCGCUGACUGAGACGGCCAGGGGACAAGAGGAGAGGAGGGAUUCAAGCCCACUUGGAAAGGGAAAUACAGAACUACCCAUGCUUACGGGAACAAUCAAUGCGGAGGGGCAGCGAAUUGGGACCCAGGCAGAGCUACAGGAGUGCGAGUCAGCUCUGCUAGUUCUGGAGAAGGUGGUUUUCUGCAGCCAUUUGCUUUUAUCACUACUGUUUAGCAUCGUCAUUAUUGUACAAUGGAGCAGUUAGAUGUGGGCGAAUUGCCUUUUCUAAUACUUGCUU